AUGACAGUUAAAAAAGUAUAUAAAUCUCAAAAGAAAUCCACAAACAAUCCAAGUACUAUGAAAGCAUCAAUAACCUCAACCUCAACUUCGACAACCCCUUCAAGGAGUUAUAAAGAUCUUAUAACUGACGCUUUAAUCGAAUUAAAAGGUGGUAGAAAGGGUACCUCUCGUAUCGCUUUGAAAAAAUUUGUAAAGGAAAGCAAUCCAAAUCUAUCAAGCAAUAGUAAUUUUGAUCAUUUUUUCAAUUUGGCAAUCAAAAAGGGUGUCACUGAUGGUAUAUUUGAACAACCAAAGGGUCCUUCCGGUACUAUAAAAUUAGUUAAAAAACCUGCCUCUUCAGACACCUCUUCCUCUAAGAAAAAGAAAUCAACGACCUCUUCUUCUUUUUCUUCUUCUUCUUCUUCUUCUUCUUCCUCUUCUCCAUCUUCUUCUACUCCAAAAUCAACUAAAAAAGUUUCUAAAAAAACAACAACAAAAACUACUAUUGUUAAAGCUCCAAAGAAAAUUACUAAAAAGACAAGCACAUCAUCAACCUCCUCUUCAUCUAGUUACAAAACAAUGGUUAUAAAGGGUGUUAUUUCAUUAAAUAACGGGAAAGGUUCCAGUCGUGUUGCAUUAAAAAAAUUUGUUAAAGAUUUAUACAUCAAGAAUUCCGGUGGUAAAGAACCACCUUCUAAUUUUGAUUAUAAUUUUAACAAAACUAUAAAAAAGGCAAUCGAUGAUGGAUAUUUAUCACAACCAAAGGGUCCAUCUGGUUUAGUCAAAAUAUUAAAGAAAGGUAAAACUUUCGUCUCAGCUGCUUAA